AUGAAACUUCUCUCGAUCGUGUUUGCUUUCUGCAUUGUACUCGCCACCAGUUCUUUGGAAGAGGGAGAUGAAGCAAAAGUCAAGGAUGAACACACUUUCAUUCAUCCACUACCACAACAUUUGUUGGGGCCUUCGAAUACCAAGAAAGGCUCUAAGGAUGCUGCGGAUCGUUUCGAUGCUUUAAAAACAGGGAUUGUUACUGGUGGCGGUGGCGGCGGUGGUGGUGGUGGUGGUGGAGGUGGCGGAAAUAAUGGUGCCAACUGUAAUAAUAGUUGUAAUACUGGUUCUGGCUGUAACAAUGGUUGUAAUACUGGUUCCGGCUGUAAUAAUGGUUGUAACACUGGUUCCGGCUGUAACAAUGGUUGUAACACUGGUUCCGGCUGUAAUAAUGGUUGUAACACUGGUUCCGGCUGUACCGGCGGUGGUGGAGGCGGCGGUGGUGGUGGUGACGGAAAUAAUGGUGGUAGGUGUAAUAAUGGUGCCGGCUGUAAUAAUGGUAGAAAUACCGGCAGUGGCGGUGGUGGUGGUGGCGGUGGCGGUGGCGGUGGCGGUGGCGGUGGCGGAGGAGGCGGAGGUGACGUUGACGUUGACGGGGCACCACAUUGA